AUGUUGAAUGUCAGUUGCCAGAGAGAAGCAGAGAACUUGGCUCUGCGAUUCCCCUUCACUCUGUCACUAGACAGCCCAAUGGAGUCUGCUGCGGCUGAACCAAGACCCACUGGGAUCAGCAGCCUCUUGGGUGUCCCAGGGCUCAUCACCUGGGACGGGGACGAGGCGAUUGACGCGGAGGUGAUCGGCGGCAUCAGGCCCAGGUCCUCCCCUCUACCACGGAGAAGGAGCUCCAAUGACUUAAAGGACUGUGAGCUCGAGCUGACGCCAUCAAGCUCCAGGAGGGUGUCCUUUGCGGACGCCCUCGGCCAAAACCUGGUGAACGUGAAAGAGUUUGACUCGUGGGACAUAACCAUCCCGCUGAAUUUCGACGCCCUUGAGGGAGAGAAAGAGGUAGAGGAAUACUACUUGUCCUCCUUAUACACUCCACCACCGUCCGAAGAAGCCAUGGUCCUGAGAGUUCAGGAGCAGAAACUAGAGCUGGAGAGCAUUAAGUUACUCCACAGGACUACGAUACUGCGGGGCGUGGUCCGUGUUCUCAAUGUCUCAUUUGAUAAGAUGGUGUACAUCCGCACCUCUCUGGAUGCCUGGGCCACGCACUUUGACCUGCUGGCAGAGUACAUACCAGGGUCCAGCAAUGGAGACACUGACUGCUUCUCCUUCAAGCUCACCCUGGUGCCCCCCUUUGGGGAAAAGGGGGCCAGAGUGGACUUCUGUCUCCGGUAUGAGACCCCUGUUGGAACUUUCUGGGCCAACAAUAGUGACCGGAACUAUGUGAUGUUUUGUCACCAGAAAGUCAAAAAGCUGGAAGAUAAAGCACAAAAAUACAAAACCGAGCGUAGGAAAAGCAUCCUGAAAGUCAACAUUCAUGAAUUUCCCUGUGAUGAAAACUGGUCAUCAACCAGUGAUGAAUCGUCAGAUGUAAACAAACAUGGAGGAGAGAUGACUAGUGUGAACAUCUCUGAGUCUCAGUCAGGAGCACUCGAAGAUGAUCAUCAGAAAUUACUGAUUGAGAGCAGCCAGAACUCCAGCCGGAGAAACCGACGAAAGACAGCACGAUUGGUGAAGGUGCAGGACUGCUUCAUCCAGAGAGAUUCUCUGGCUACGUGCAACAAAUUGUCUCCUGGUCUCAGGGACAGCACGUCUUGUGAGGAGUCAGUGAAACAUGAGAACAUAGACUCAAUGGUCAGCUCAGCCCCAUCCGAGCUGGGAGAGGAACUUGCCUCACCAAUCCCUAGCAACAAGUCAGAUUUAACUGAUCAACCCGCUGCUCUGAGCCAAAAUGGUGAUACGUCUGUUUCUAAAGUGGAGGGAAGUGCUCUGAUGCAGAUGGAACCGGAGAAGGGUGGAUCUGCCAUCAGCACAGAAGGAACACAUUCAGAUAACACUGUAAGGUUGGGGAACAGCACAGCAGGCUUAGUCCCUGGCAGCCAGACCAAUAGCUUUACGUUUGGAAAUGUUGUGGCCCCACUAUACUGUCAGGUAUUUGGUAGAGUGGCGAGUGAGAGCCAGAGCUCAACCGAUAUUGGGAAUCGAACAAGGGGGACAUUGCAUGGAAGGGAUUCAACAGGCUGUACAGUCCAGAGUUACGUAGAAGCUCACUCCCGUGUUUCAGCUGAUACCCACGGGACACCUGAAGAAAAGCCUGUAGAUCAACAGCAAUAUCUUGAAUCAAACCAAGGACAUUUCAUCUCUGGAUUAAGUGCAGAAAAAAAGUCUGAACUUGAACCUCUGUCAGAAGAGGCAGGAGGUUUUCCCAGGGCUCACACUGCCGUACACACUGCUGCUGCUCUCAGGGCACAAAUCCCCAAUGAGGACUCAGGCCUCCAGGGGCCUGAAGAGAACAUUCUGCCUCCCCAGUCCCAGAUCCACCAGGACAGCACGUUUUUCCAGACACAAACCCCAUUACCAAACACAACACUUUCACAAACUCCUCCAGACACAACACUUUCACAAACUCCUCCAGACACAACACUUUCCCAAACACAAACCUCGAUAGACACAACACAAGGUAGUCUCUUACAGUCACAAACUGAAAUGGGGUCAACACAUGUCUCUGCUGAAAUGACUUUGCAGGGGGCCAGUGGUGGAUAUGAGAGACCUGAUGAGUCAGAGGAAAUGGAGAACCCUUCCUCAGCCAACACUGAUGAAUGGUCAACAGGCACAUUCACAGAAUUAGUAGGCACAUAUAUAGCCAUGCUAGAGCCUGUGUAUGCUGACCUAAAAGUUUUCACUUCAACAACAAAGGUGGAGGAAAAGAUCCCCGCUGAGCACCAAAACUUAGCUGUGACCUGUACGGACACACUGGAGGAAGAAACCAGUGGGACAAUGUUAAAAGAGGAUCCCAUUGUCAUUACGGAAUGGACAUCAUUGGAGAAGUUGAUGAGAAAACAAACAGAUCAAGUGAAGGGUGACCUAUCAUUUGAAGUGUCAAACACCUUUUGUAAUGAAGAAAACAGGCAUUCUAUUGACAGUAAGGAUUAUAGUGAGGAAGAAGGCGCGAUGACAAACUAUGUGAGGGAUGAUUAUGAUAAAGACACUGACAAGGUCCCAAUGUCCAAAGAAGAAGAUAUUCAUAAGGAAGAUGACCCUGUAAUUAUGAAAAAUAAGGAGGAUUUAGUUCCUACAGAGAACGAGAAAGGUCCAAGUGAUGGACAACCACUGCUAAAGAACAAUAUAAUAGAAAAAGACUGGGAGGGGACUCUGGAAGAAGAAGAGGAGGAGAUGAUGGGGGAAUAUGUGGAAGAGGGCGAAUGGGAAGAAGAGAAAGGAGUUGUGCGAGAGGUAGAAGUGGAGAUGAUGGCUGGGGAAAAGGAAUUGGAGGAGGUAGGGGAGAUGGAGGCAACAAAGGAGGAAGUGGGAAAGGAGGUGACCAAGGAGGAGUUGGCAGUAGAAGAGGUGGAUAAGGAUAAAGAAGAAAUUAUGUUAUGGGAAAAGAUACAAGGAAGGGUGGAGGAAGAGCUGGUGAAAGGCGAGGAGGAAAUAGAGAAAGAAAUGGAGGAUGAGAUGGUUGUUGAAGAAGAGCUGGAGGAAUUAGAAGAGGGGGAUGUGAAAUGGAUAGAGUGGGAGGAAGAGGAGAUUGUAGAGGAAGAGAAGGAGGAGGAAGCAGAGAAAGACAAAGUAGAUGUAGAAUUACUAGAUGAUCAAAAUGAAUUGGUGGAUGAGUUAAGCAACCCAAUGGACAAUACUUGUGAGGGUAAGGGUAAAGGGGGUGAGAGCACGAAUGUAAAUGUUGCAGAAAAAUCAGGCCCAGAAGAAAAUACAUUAAAGACGGAUGAAGUGUCAAAUCUUUGCUACAAUGACGUAACGCUGGACACCAAUCAUCUUGGAGGAGAGGAAAUGGAUUCCAUCAAAGGAGACGGGGAAUCCUACAUUCAAACAGAUGAACCUGCCAGUGAGAAAGAAGGUGAAGGUGGGGCUGAAACAGACAACGCGUCCACAGAGUCCCUGUCAGAUGAUGAGAUGGAGCUGUACAUGCACAGUCUGAGGGCUGCACAGAAGCAGCGAAACAAGGACUUGAGUCUUGGGAAACGGCCCUCAAUAAGUAGAAGAGGCAGCAGGCUGUCCAUGCCAUCCAUCAGUGAGUCUGUGGAUGAGGCAAGCAACCUGGAAGAUCAGCCAGACACAGAGACUGAGGAGCAUCAGUCUACAAGUACAGUGCCCGUUGUGGAGGGAGGGCAGGAUAGCACCAGGAGCAAUGUCAUGUGGUGGAGAGAAACAUUUUCUUGGCAUAAUCUCUCAAAAACACUGUUAUACACCGUCCUGUUUGUGGUGUUUUUUUUUGCUGCUUACCAUUAUGACUUUAUGGCCUGUUUCAGUCUUUACUUGUUAUCUGUGAUCUGGCUGGUUUGUCAGGGGGAGAAACAACCGAUGAAAGGAAAUAGUAGAAUAGGUUGAGACCUGUGAAAAUAUAUUUCAGUGUUUAUGAAGUGCUCCACAAUUAAGUUGAAUUAUUUUUCAUUACGCCUCAUCUGAGAAUACAUGAACUCGCAAAUGUAGAUGUAAAAUGUAUAAAAUGAUUGGUGUGUAGCAUACUGCAAAGAGUAUAAUGUAAAUGUACGUUAAAGUUAGUAAAAUUCCAUCAAGAAAUACUGUGUGUAUAUAUAUACUGUAUAUAUAUAUAUAUUUCAGAACAUUCUUAUUAAAAUUAUAUUAACAGGCGAGGAUGUUAAUUACUCUACGUCGCUAUUCUCUUAUGAGCGUCACCUAGUUCAAGGCAGACCCUUUUUCAGUUCAAUGGAGCACACAAUAAUAUUAUUUUUUUAAUAGAAUGUUAUGUGCCUUUUCUACACAUUGGCCAUACUAUUGAUGCAUCUUGACAGCAUGUAUGUUAUUUGAACACAUUAGUUCAAAGCCUUGCGUUCAAAUAACACACCAGAUACAAGGCUGUGGACCAUUGCUUCGAUGAAUUAUUGAUAAUAACUACUUUUAUUGCAUUAUUGUAUUUGGUGUAAAUUAAACUGAUUUUAAAACAGUCUAAAUUAGAUUUAUUUUGUACCAGAUGCCUCCAGAUUCAUAAUAUCAAUUUACAGUAUGUUAUUACUUUGUUAUUUAAUAA